UGUUCAAAAUGGCCGACGACGAAGAAGAAGUUUGGGAUAGCUGGGAAGAUGCUGUUGAUAGCGGAGCACUUGACAAGAAAUUAGAAGAGUUACCAAAGAAGCAGGAAGAGACAAACGCAGAUACUGUCAAUAACACACCGGCCAUGCUAAUAGAAGAGGACAGUACAAGAACAGCAUAUCAACCACAACUGAAAAUACUGAAAAGACCGGGAAUUCAGAAUGAUCAGAAUACAAAUAAAACUGAGACUGAAAAACAGUUGCUGUUGGUUGACUUUCAGGCAACUCGUAAAAGUCUUGAACAAAGAGAAAAAGAAUAUGCAGAGGCAAGAAUAAGAAUCUUUGGAACAACUGAAGAUGAAGAAAGACCAAAAGCUUUAAUACAAGAUGUACCUGCAGCAGACAACAGUGUGAUUAGGCAACCAAAAGGACCAGAUGGAACAACAGGAUUUAAUCUGCAAAGAUGAUUGGACAGUAGAAGUCAUGUGAUAUUCUGAGGACAAAAAAAUGUCAUAAUGUUUCCACUGUGAGCUCCAUACAUAUUUAUUCAUCCAUAAUACAAGUAUUCGGUGUAUAAGUCAACCAAUCACAGCUUUCACGUAUGAUCAUGUGGGGCUAGGCUACCAAUCACAGCUAAGCUGGAAGUCACGUGCAUGUAAGGACUAAUUUAAUUGGACAAGACGAAUAUAUCCUAGGCCACCUUGAGCCUGCUCCUAUUUUCGUUGCACUGUGGCAUCACAACUGGGAAAUCUCGGCUGUUUUUUUCCGCUCUUUACAGUGCCAGUGAAGCUUUGGGAAAAGAUGUCCAACAAAAUCUAAAUUUUCUCAAACAUAAAAUGCAACAGUGUGUUUUUAAAAUGAAGUUUAAAUACAUUAAAGAUUUUGCUUACAUAUCCAUGUACAGAUACAAUCACAUGACACUAAUUCCUCGGAUUAUAUUCGCAUACACAAAUUCCCCGAAGAGCUUGUUCGCUGCCAUGAAUCACUACUGCCACGUCACUCGGGCACCCCAAGACAGUGACGGAUUUGUUAUAUCAGUCUAUGACUUGAUAUCUCUGAGUGUUCUUUUGGUUCAAGAUUGAUCAGUUAUUAGGUGAAAUUUACUGAUGACUUGUGUAUAUUUGCCCCAAAAUUUUGAUAGGAAAGCAACUGAGAGGGUUGAAGCCUUGUAGUGUAAAUUGUAUAUGCAUCGCUUCUGUUAUAGGCUGAAUAUUGUGGAUAUAUAAAUAAUUAUUAAAAACACCACAUGUAGUGUGGCGCCCUCAUGCAGUUACUCCACUUUGAUAAAAAAACUGUGGAUUCACUGUUGAGUGGAUGUUUCAAACAUGUACCAAUAAAAAAAAAAUGAUAAAAUCCUCUUGUAAAAUUCAGACAUUGCACCUCAACUGAAUUCAUAGCUAAGGUAUAAAGUCUGAUUUACAAUAUCAGUUUGCAAAAUAUUUAGCUAAUGUAGAGUCAGUUUAUAAGUUCAGUACAGUUAUCAAAAGCGAUUCACACUCUUGUAUGUCUGCAAGUGCAGCCAGUUCACAAUUACCAUAAAUGCAAUGGGUUUAUAGAAGAAAAAAAAGGGUAGUAGUAGAAAGGAUCACAUGACCAACAGGGGUAUAUAACCCUCUUUUAUGUGGACACUGAAUAUUGUGGAUUUUGUUCAGUGAUAAAAUAAAAGUCUUUGUUAAUAAAUUCAUUUUAACGUU